CAAAAUUGUAACUAUUAUUGAGCUUCACUUCCCACACAUGUAUGCAUCUCUUCUUCAAAAAGAACAAGAGACAAGAGAGAGAGAAAGAGAGAGAACUUGAAAGAAUCUAGCUUCUUUAAUCAUGAUGAUGAGAUUCACAAUCAUACUAGCUUUCCUUUUAAUUAUUCAAGCCCUAGAAGAGGACCAUAUCCUAGUCUAUGCUCAUGAAGGAUUUGUACGACUUCACCAACAGUGGUGCACCAAGGAAACUAAGGUCCGGGAGAACAACCAGAACCGCGGUGGCUAGAACCGCCGAGAAGGAGCAAGUGACGGCGUCAAAAAAAGAUAAUUGGAGUGCAUCAAAACAUUUAAUGGUGGAUCGUAAAUUAGGGUUUCAUAAAAGAAGUAAGAGUUCUUCACUUAAAUGGAAACCCAAGAGGAAAAAAUCUUCUGGUCGAUUUGUAGCUUUCUAUGAUGAUUAUCGUGGACCAGCACGAGAGCAUAAGAAGACCAAUAUAUUGGCAGAUCUUGACACCACUAAGCAUAUCGAUGAUCUCAGCAAUGAUAAUUGCCUACCAAAACUUGAACAAUUUUUUUCAGCAAAGGAUAUGAAGAAACUUGCUCGAUUGUUACACUCUGAUUAUCCAAUACACAGUGAUUAUCCAAUACACAGUAAGCCUCGACGCAAGCCUCCGAUCAAUAAUCGAGUUCCUGGCAAGAUUUAGAUGAACGAGGUUCAGUCGAACAAGAAUUUUGAGUUAUGGAUAAAAAGUCUGAUGAUCUAUUUUGAUAGAUAGGUAAUUAGUUAUGUUUCGUCCCAGUUUUGUUGCAAAUUAUAGGGACAUACAUCUUGUGUUGUGUAAUGGAGAGUAAUAGGGAGAGCACUCAUAUUGUUACUUGUUUUUUUGGAAAAUUUUGAUAAAUACCUACAAAUUUGUAAAAAUAUCGAAAAAUACACUAAUUC